AAUUCACAAAAUAUUUUUUUUCUUGAAAUAUUCAAAAGUUGGGUAUUAAAAAAAAGUCAAAUACAAGGUUAAGCAACACUAGGUGGAAUUGUCGUUACAAAAAUUGUGAUGCUGUAAUGUCCAGUUAUAAAGCAAUAGUAGAUACAUUAUUAAAUGAGAUUGAAAAUGAAUCUGAUAAAGAUGUGAAUGAAGCAAUAGGAAUUUUAACCAACAUGAGGAAAGGACAAUUCAUUGUGUAUUUAUUUCUUUUACAUACAUUUUUAACAAUAAUUAAUAUUUUAACAUGCAAAUUGCAAGAAAAAUCGUCAACUCUAGGGAAUUCAGCAGUUAUUAUUAAAUCUAUAAUCAAAUCCUUAGAAGAUUAUAAAACCAUUGAAUGUUUUGCUGAAAUUUGGUUGGAUAUAAAUACAUUUGCAACAGUCAAUAAUAUAUCCAUUGAAAAUCCAUUCCAAGGAAAUAAAAGAAACAGGAAAGAACCAAAUGAUCUUAAAAAUUUCAUUGUCACUGCUAGAACUAGUGCACAGUACACAGAAUACUACUCAAAAUAAGAAUGCCGAUUCCCCCUCCUCCAA